AUGGAUGAAUGCAAGGGUCAGAGAUAUAAAAAUAGCAAAGAUCAAAGGUUAAAAAAUAAUUUCCAGAAGAAAAUUUGCAUUGCAAAGAUAGUAACAACAACAAUAACAACAACGACAACAACAACAACAACAACAACAACAACAACAACAACAGCAACAACCACAACGAUAACAACGACGAUAACAACAACAAUAACAGCAAUAAGAAUAACAAAUAACAGCUCUUAG